AUGGCAACUUUAGGUUCUAUUCGUAAUAUUGACUAUAAUAUUACUCACGCUAAGUUGAGAGUUGUUAAAAUUUUGCAUUACAUUUGUUUUUCCACUGAAGGUGAACCUCGAAAAACUAGAAAAGCUUUGCGUGCUUUUGCUGGUUUUCGCCUCGACGACACUUCGGCACAAUUUUUGAGUAAAUGUAACGAUGUAAGUGAAAAAUUUGAUCUUCCUGAUUUAAUUGCGAUAUGCCAAAUUCUUGAUUUGAAUUAUAAAAAUGAGAAGCAUGACGUGGUUGUUCGCAUUUGUUCCUUUUUGAAUACCUUCAUUAACGACGACGAAACUGAAGAUGACGAAGAGGAGGAUGACGUAUCAGAUAUAGACGAAGACGACGAAAGACGAAAGGAAGAAAAAAGACAACUGGAAGACGAAAAAAGACGAUUGCAAGAAGAAAAACUACGAUUGGAAGACGAAAGACGGGAAAAUGAUGAAAGACGAGAAAAAGAGAAACGACGAUUGGAAGAAGAAAGAUGA